GAGUUAGCUCAGUUAGGGCUCUUAGCUGAGCCACAAAUCUGAUCCGAAUGGAACUGAUUUAAUUUGUUUGGAAUAUUGAUAAACCUCAAUCAGAAAUGCCUUUAUCAAGUGGCAACAAAGAACCAGAUGACAGUCAAACAUGGGAAUUAGCUGAAAGGUGUUUUCUUCCAGUUGCAUGUUCACACGCUGUUGCAGUCAUCUUAGCAACUGUACUGAAUACAUUAGGUAUAUCGCAGACGUCUAGUUUUGUGCUAUUUCUCUUAUUGUUGGUUGUAUCCAUAGGAUCUACUCUCUUUUAUCACAAUCUGAAGGUAACUGCUGCUGGAAAGGCAGUUCUUGUUACGGGAUGUGAUUCGAGAGUUGGAUACAAUUUAAGUAAACAAUUAGAUGAACUGGGAUUUACAGUAUUUGCUGGAUUUUCAAAUAAAGAAGAAUAUGAAGAAGCAAUGCAAAAAUUAAAGCAUGAAGCUUCUGGCAGGUUACAUGUAUUACAGUUAGAUAUUACCAGUGAACACGAUAUCCAUUCAACUUUUCUUUAUGUUAAUGAGAAUUUGCCGGAUGGUGCACCAGGUCUAUGGGCAUUGGUACACGCUGCAGCUUGGGUAACAUUAGGAGAAUGCGAGUGGGUACCACCCCCUGUAUUGAAACGCAGUAUAGAUAUUAAUUUCAUUGGUAUUGCUAGAUUAACUCAGGUUUUUCUACCACUAAUUAGAAGAUCGAAAGGUCGUGUUGUAUUAGUCAGCAGUCUCUUAGCUCGUAUACCAAGUCCAGUUCGGGGCAUUUACUGCGCCCUUAAGGCUGCAGUCGAAGCUUGGGGAACCUGCCUUAGAAUGGAAAUGAGAAGAUGGGGUGUAGAUGUAGUUAUUAUUGAAACUGGUGAAUAUGUGUCUGGAAAUGCGUGGUUAAAAGAUAAUAGCGCAUUACUUGAACAAGCUAGAGACAUGUGGACUCAGUUAGAUCCUCAAACUCGCAAAGAAUAUGGUCAAGAAUUAUUUCAAAAGGAAAUGUUAGCUCUAGAGAAGUAUACCCAAGGUCCAGAAGCAGAUUUAACACCGGUAACUAGAGCUUUAACAGAUGGCAUAACAAAAACUUUCCCAAUGAGAAGGUAUACACCAGUUUCACGUACAGAAAGGAUACAGGCUUUAUGUAGUGAUUAUCUUCCAAAACCAGUUUACGACAUAUUAUACACAAAUUAA